ACAGACAGACUUCAUUUUGCUUUUCAAAAUUUCAAAUUCUCGAAUCUCCAACGUCUCCUUUUCCCUCCGCCACCGUCUCCGUCGUCCGCCCCGUCGUCCGCCCUGCCCUCUACUGAUAUUUGACGAAGAAGCAGAGGACUAGAGGAUCAAGAGGCAUACAAGAAAAUUUUUAUCAAACUACACGAUAAGGGUUCAAGCGAUAGCUUAGUCAUAUUGGCAUCUUUUGUGGUGCCCCACGUUUGUGACAAAAGUUUAUCCCUCUGGAGAACCAGGAUCAUUGCUGAGAUGAUGGAUACUAGAAAGCUUUCUGAGUGUGAAUUGGAUGAUGUCUACAAGUUCCACAGAAAAGAUGCGCAGAAAAUGAUAAGGACAGUAUCCCAGUACUCAAGAGCAGCCAAUGAUGCAUAUCGAAGAGGUGAUUGUGUUUCCGGUCAUCAUUACUCAUUGAUGGCUCAAGAAGCACAAUUCGCUGCUAAUUGUCUCAACGCUAGGGCAGCCACAGAAAUAUUCAAAUCCGUGAAUAGAAUGGAUGAUUUAUGGAGAUUGGAUUUGCAUGGUCUUCAUGCAAAUGAAGCCAUUCGAGCUUUGCAAUGCCGUCUGCAACAAAUUGAACUAUCAGGGCAGAGGCCAAAACCAUUAGAGGUCAUCACAGGUAGAGGUAAACACAGCCGAGGAGCUCCUGUCAUUCCAGCAGCUGUGACGAACUACCUUAAGGAAUGCAGAUACCGUUUCUAUGAAUUGCGGGCAGGAGCAAUAGCAGUUCGGCCCAAGUUUGUAGAGAUAAAGUGA